GAGUAGCUUGUUGUGCCAAGGGAAGCACUAAAGCAAGGAUGGCUACACCACCAGUGGAGUUUGGUACAAUAAUGGAUCCUGUUAAUGGAUCCAUACAACUUGAUAAAUAUUUGUUUAAGAUUAUUGAUAGACCAGAAUUCCAGAGACUGAGGAAGAUCAAGCAAUUAGGUGGUGUGUGUUACGUAUAUCCUGGAGCUACUCAUACAAGAUUUGAACACUCAAUUGGGGUAUGUUAUAUUGCUAGUCAAUUAGUUGAUGCAUUAAACAAAAAUCAACAAAAUAUUAUAACCCCCAAUGAAAAGAAGUGUAUUCAAAUUGCUGCUCUGUGUCAUGAUCUAGGCCACGGACCUUACUCACAUCUUUAUGAUUUUGCAGUGAAGAGACAUUUAGAAAAAGAGAACCCAGAGAAGCUAAAAAAAAAUGAAAGAAAACAUGAGUAUAGAUCUGCUGAAUUAAUCCAAGAUGUCAUGGUUGUUGUUAAAAAAGAAUUUUUUCCAAAAAAUGCUGCUGAUCAAAAACAAGAAAAUACUUGGAAACAAUACAUUAAACUUGUUCAAAACAUGAUCAAAUUUUCUGAAAUUUUUAAGGUAAGUUAA